AUGUUUUCUGAUGCCACAGCUAGUGAGUUCUCUGUUAGUAGCACUUUAGUAAACACAUGUGCAAACAUCAGAGAAAAUGACAAAGAAUCAGCUAGCAUUGAUAACACACCAUUCGUUAGAAACAUACUAGGUUCUGAGUUCGAGAACUAUAAUGGUGACUUGCCUUUAAUUACCUCUCCAAUUGAGAUUGAGGUGGGAACUCAAUUUAUCUCUAUGCCGGUUGCAGUUCAUUACGUAGAACAAUAUGCUUUUCAGAAUCAUUUUGCUAUUUAUAAACACAAGUGUGAGAUAUUUUCUGAUGGAACUUGUAGAAAAAGAGUUUUAAAAUGUGAUAGGGGUGGAAGAUAUAAUGAACGGCUCUUGAGACCAACAUUAGGCAAACAAAAAAACAAGGGGAGUAAAAAACAAGGAUGCGCAUGGCAAAUUAAUAUAACACGAUCUUAUAAUUCACCAAUUGUUACAGUGACAUUGCUUAAUACUGAACACAAUCAUCAGAUUGAUAUUGAAACUACAAAGUUCGCUACAGCUUACAAAAGUUUUUCUCAAGAAAUUAUGGAACAAAUUAAAUAUUAUGUUAUACAUGGCGUACUUUAUCAAGAUUUUCUUAAGGAUUUUAAAAACAUUCGGCAUUCUUAUUGUGAAGAUGUAUUUGAGAGAAGAAUUGAAGGGUUGCUUGAAAAAUAUAGGCUGGGAGAAAGAUAUAUAACAAUGUUAUUAGAUCGGAAACAUACAUGGGUAAAAUGCUUUACAUCUCGAUGUUUUACGGCAAGAACACAAUCUACCCAGCGUGUAGAAUCAGAAAAUGCAUUAAUUCAAAAGGAUGAAUAUCUUGAUUCAGAUGAAAACUAUUCUCAUGAAAUGGUAGUAAAUAGUUCUAAUCAUAAUGAUACACAAAUUAUUCCGGAAUUCACUCAAAAAUAUACUAUAACUGAUCUUUCAGAAAAAUGUCAUAAGCAAAUAUCAAAAAAUCAAUUAAAAUAUGGUGCUUUAAUGGGCGAAGCAAAAAAGGUAAUUCAUUAUGCAUUACAGUAUGAAGAUAAUGAAUUAAUGCAAUUUAUGAAAGAAUUCAAUAAGCGAAAAGAAGAUCAUGUUCAAGCUCGUAUAUACAACAAUCUUAUUACCGGUAUUUGUAAUACAAAUGGGGAUUUAGUUAAUCCUGAACAGGUUUUAGACCCGUUAAAACAUCAAUCAAAGGGAAGACCAUCAUCAAAACGACUAAAAUCAUCUAUCGAACAAUCUAAAAAUAAAGCAAAAUUGAAAGGGUCAAAUGCUUCUAAUAAUGAUAGAGGUCGCAAAUGUGGGUCAUGUGGAAAAAAUGGACAUUAUCGAAAUACUUGUUCUACAAUGCAGCAGUAA